AUGGCAAAAAAAAGAAAUACAAAUGACAAGACAGAAGAAAAACCAAGAACCAUUUACGAUGAUAUAGAAUCACUUCAAGUAACAUUUUAUGAAAUAGAAUCAUGGAUAGAGAAAACCUCACCACUUUUAAAUCGCAUCUCAAAAGACCUUGAUAAAGCGUCUACCCAUUUUGUGAAGCAUAAAAAAGAGUCUCCAGAAGAGCAAACAAGGCAACUUGAACAGCAUCUAUUUCAACUUCAACAAAAGAAUUCAUCCACUAAUAAUACAAUGCAAUGGUUGCUAUCGUUUCAACCAGGCAAUAUGUUGAGACUAGAUACGAACAUCACAAGUGUAGAGCAACUCAUUCAGGCAGUACAACAGAUAAGAUUACUGCAGGCUGGUGAUCCUACUCCACAAGCAAGCAGUACGACCUCCACUUCCAUCACAUUAACAGACGAAGACGAUACAAUUCUCGAACUACUUUGUUCUUCACCAAGUCCAUCGUAUGAUCUACCUCAGGACGCGUCUUCGCUUGAGUUCUGGCACAAUGUGAUCGGUCGACGUCCCGAAAUCUAUCUGGAGAAUUACAAUCAUUGUCGAAUGAAUCUGAACGGUCUGACAAAAAACAUCUCACCUGCAGGCAUGAAUUAUAUUGGACAAGUCUUUUGGGACUGUCUGCACCCCAAAUUUUCUUCCAAUUGGCAUUCGUUCUGGGAACGAUCAGGCGACCCAAAGCGUAACCAAGUUUGCACAGACGCUGGUCUUGCUAUGAUGUUUCUACAUGUGAUGCGACAUGAUAAAUAUAUCUGUGAAAAUGCACAGGAAAUUGCUGGCUUUUAUUAUGACCGUGCACGGAAUGAGUUGAUGGAGUCGUUUGAUGAACCACCAGAUCAUUCAACCAUGGAAGCCUUGUUAACCAUGUCCAUGUUCUGUAUUAUCUGUAAACGGUAUUCUCAAGCAAGAAUCUAUAUUGGCCUCUCUCUACACGUGGCAUUUGAAUGGGGUAUUCACCGUAUAGCCAAUUUACCAACUGACGAUCUAGCCUUACGCAAACAAUACCUCAAGAUGUUCUUGAUCUUGUGUUACAAUGACUGCACUUUAUCUUGUCAUACAAGCGAGGCAAGCAUCAUCAAUGAAUCUGAAGUGGAUAUCAAUCUCUAUGAAAUUAUUACACUGAAUCAACAACUGCAUGAUCCUCAACAAGUGUGUGAUUUCGAAUACAACAAAAUGAUUGUCAAAGACACUUAUUUUGUCUAUGCUGUUGAAUUGUUUCGAUUUUAUAACAAAUGCGUUAAACUAACUGAACGCGGUGCUUCUAUCAAACAACUGUUGGCUGAAGAAGAGCAUCUCAAGCAAUGGAAUCAGUGUAUAUCAGAAGCCUUUCGUAUUGAUGACCAUGAUUAUGAGCGGCUGGAACAGCUCAAAUUAAACAGAGAAAGACAACACGAUAUUACUGCAACCAUGGACGCAGAUGCACUUCAAGCACAUGCAGCCCUAUUGCUCAAGAUCCAAUGUGAGACAACUUGGAUUGUAUUGCACAAGGCUGUUCUUAGCAGCAUACGACGUUCCAGAAGCAAAAGCCCCCCUUCCUAUUAUUUAUCAGAACAAGAAAAGCGAUCAAGUACUGUGUGUACGAAUGCAGCUGAUGCUGUGAUUGAGGUAUGCGAAGUCUUGACACGCUGUUUUGGUUGGUGUGUCUUUCAGCUCACACCUAAUUGUCUCUAUCAUGCUUCUACUGUGUAUUGUGGCAAUGCUUUAAUUAAGGAAGAUGUGACAUUAAGAAGCAAGGCACAAAAAAUGAUUUAUCGUCUCAUGCGAAUCUUGAAAAUCAGUAGUUUAAUCUACAAAGGGUUUCCUGAUGACUUGACAGCAAGUCUAUGUGAAUUCCUAAAGAUGCAAGAUUUACAUAAUGAAAUAGAAUGUCCUUGCCAUGAUACCCUGUAA